GUCAACUAUAAUAGUUUUUGAAAUUUUUGCAUUAUACAUUUACUUUGUAGGUGUUUAUUCCACGAACACACCUUUGCAUUUGACAACUCUCAGAUUGGGUUUGUUUGUCCCGAGGCAAUGUCAAGCUCUAGAAUCAAGGCCAACCCUCAGGCUGCAUCAAUGUAUUUGAAAGUAGUUUUCAAUGCUGAAAUUGAAAAGGAGAAGAAGGGUGAUCCUAACAUUACCAAGUGGUUUUUGAUCCCAUACCAUCAAGAAAAUCAUUGGAUUUUGUACGUGUUAGACCUACGUAGAGGUUGUGCGUAUAUUUUCGACUCUGCGAUAGGUUCCAACCGAGAAAAUAGUGCAUGGGGAAUCUUGUGUUUGGCAUACCAAGUGUACAAGUUUAAUGAUGGGAUUUGUCCGAAUAGAGCGACUAUGCAGGGGUUGAAAGGCUUCCAUGUAAAGUGUGCUCAACAAGUCGGCGCCCACGAGUGUGGCUAUUACGUUAUGAAGUUCAUGCAUGAAAUAGUCACGUUACACCAUAACACUGAUGAGCGGUUAGACAAUGCUUACACUCCAAGAAAUGCGCCUUAUACCGAUGAGGAAAUAGAUGUGGUUCGUGAGCAAUGGGCUAAGUUUUUUACAACCGAGUAUUUAUUUACUUAGGUUGUUUAGACACAAAGAUGGAAGCGUUUAUAUCUUCAUGGAUUUGGCUAGGGAUCGAGUCGAUUGGAAGAAAGUCAACACGACCUUACUUAAGGUUUGUAAUGCAUGAUCUAAAGGGACCUAAGUGGCUGGAUUAGAGACAUUUGUUAGAUUAGCUCUCUAGCCUUUUGUCUUUAGUUGUUAAUAUUAGUUGUAAUUUGUUAGACUAGCUAGGUGUUUAAAAAUUGUAAACAUACGUACUAUAUAUACGCUUUGCUCUGUUGGGUUAAUAUAAAUGAAGUUAAUGUAAUGAUUUAUUUAUCAAAGAUAAGCAGAUUCAUACCUUUGCUAUUUUGGUGUUGAUUGGGUACAGGUUUCAAUACUCAAUGGAGUAUAUAUCUAGUUGUGGUUAUUGCCGCCUAUUUUAUAUUUUAAAAGAAUUUGGAAAAAAAAAAAUUAAUGUUGUUGAAGGGGGC